AAAUAUAUCCGUUACAACAUACUUUCAACAUACAGUAUCACAUUUUAAAGAUUCAGAAGUUAAAUUUGAAAAAGCUGAAAUCAACAAAACCCUCGCCAUUUUAAACCUCCCAAAAUUCUCUCUCUUCCACUUCCGAUCAUCAUCACCGGCGCAAUGGAAAACCAGAAAGAAAUGCAAAUACCAGUAUUUACAGUUUGGAAGAACAACGCUAUUCUCAAGAACAUUUUCUUAAUCAACGCCCCUCCUGUAAAUCAAAAUGAAACCCAGCAACAAAAUGAUGAAUUCUGUAAAAUCCAUCAAGAAUUUGAAGAAACAUUAGUUGUUGGGCGACACCCAGAUAGCGAUAUUCGCUUAGAACAUCCCAGUAUUAGCCGUUUUCAUCUCCGCAUUCACUCUAAACCCUCUUCCAAACACCUUUCUAUCACUGAUUUAUCUUCAGUGCAUGGAACUUGGGUGUCAGAUAAAAGGAUAGAACCAAAUAUAAGAACAAGGAUGAAUGAGAGUGAUAGUUUGAGGAUUGGAGGGUCGAGUAGGGUUUACAAGCUGCACUGGAUUCCAUUGAGCCAAGCUUAUGAUGUUUCCAACCCUUUUGUGCCACCCUUGGACUUUGUGCAGUCGCAAGAUGAGGAUGAAGGGAUCAUCAAGGAUGAGAAUUCACUAGGACAGGAAAAUGAGGAGUUACAAGCAGUUGAUUCUGUUCCCAAGGGUGUAGAGUUUGGUGAUUUGUGUGAUGAUGAUAUAUUGGAUGUAGAGAAAGUUGCUCAAAACACAGACAAAAUAGUUAUGGCAGUGGACAAUGACUGUGUUGAAUUGGAAGACCCUGGUAUGGAAGGCUUGAUAUCUUUAUUUCUGGAUGAAAAAUCUCAAGUGUUCGCACAGGAAUUAGUGAGUAAUGAAAAUGUGCAACCUUUGGAUUCUGCUUUGGAAGGUUUGGUGCCCUUAUUUCUGGGUGAGAACUGGGAAUGGAUUGGGCAGGAAGGGAAAUAUAUGGCAUGUCCCAUGGAAGAAGAAUAUCCUCAGUCAGUGAAGCUUGAAGACAUGAGAUCUGUUGGUUCUGUUUUGGAGGGCUUGGAUACCUUGUUUUUGGAUGAAAUCACUGAACAGCUUAUGCAGAAAGAUGAGGAUGAAGAGAUUGUCAUGGAUGAGGAACCUCAAGGAAAGGAAAAUGAAGAGGUACAUGCAGUUGAAUCUGCUUCAGAGGAUGUGGAGUUUAGUGUUCUAUGUGAUGAUGACAAAUUGGUUGGAGAGCAAGUUGCUCCAAACACAGAAGAAGUGUGGACUUUCUGGUGUGAAUCACCAGCAGCGCUAACAUCACAUCUUGCCACUAAUGAGGCUCUUCUUUGCACUGACAACAAUCACCUUGAUAUAGAAAAGCAGUUCCCAGAAAUAAUAUCUGAUACUAGAGUAUCUUCUGAAAGGAAAUCUUUGGAGAGUGUCAACGUGAAUUCAUCAGUCAAGGAACACAAUGAAGGCAAGCUUUGGAGUUUUUGGUCUGGAAAUAUGGGGGUGGAGUCUUCAGUGUGUUCAUCAUUGUCUGAUGCAAGCUUCUUAUCGGAGUUUGAAAUUAAAUCAUCGAGAAAUGGCUUUGAUAGUCCACCACUCAGCUCUAUUAAAAGGCCAUCUGGUAGUCCUCUGAUAACAUCAGAUCAGAGCAUUUGGUCCCGAAGAGGUAAAUUACAAAGUUCCCCCCAGAUUUUAACGAGUGCGUCUGAAAGAAAUAAAAAGAGAAGUGAUCAGAAGAUUGUCAAGCAUGAACCUGUUACUAGGGCUCUCUUUCAUGAAAUGGAAAGCCAAGAAGAGGAAGAAGUCUUUACUCCAGACAAAGAGCACUUUACCCCUAAUACUCACAAGUCCAUGAGAAAGUUGGCUAUGUUGAAAGAAGUAAAAAAUUCAAGUUCAGGGAAAUCACCCCUUUUAAAGAUGAUUGGAAGCCCAAAAUUCUACUAUGAAGACAGCUUGUCUCCUUCAUCAGAUAAAGAGAAUUACUCACCCAAAAAAUCUCUGGAGAAGAAAACAGCACACCGUGCUUCUUCUAAUCAAGCAAAAUCACUUAGGCUAAGGGAGAAAAAACAUGAAAGGAUGCCUUUUCAAUCCCUUCUGGCAGAUUCACCUCAGAAUAGUAAAUCUGAAACUUGCAUUCCUGGUGCUGCUAAAGUCUCAAGCAAGACUGAUAUACCGGACAAAUGCUUUGGAGAAAAAACCCGACAAUGGAGUAUGCUAGUGGACACUACUACUCUACUGAACAAAGAAUCAAGAAAGGCAUUGCAGCUGCUUGAAGGUCUCAAGGGAACUCAACUCAUCAUCCCCAAAAUAGUCAUAAAGGAUCUUGCUUGUUUGAAACGACAAACGAGUUUCUUCAGAAGAAAUACAGAGGUAUCAUCUGCAUUAGAAUGGAUAGAAGAUUGCAUGGUUAAAACAAAGUGGUGGAUCCAUGUUCAAAAUUCCACAGAGGAACAGCGCUCUGUUGCAAUAACCCCUCCAGCAUCACCUUACUCUCAAGUCAGUUGUGGGACAGCUGCAGGCUCCUUUUCCUUCUCCGCCCUUGAAUUUCGACCAGAACUUCUCUCACCCUCUACAGAAGAUCAUGUACUUGACUAUGCUCUCAGCUUCAGGAAGAAUAAGAAUGACGGACAGCUCGUCCUUCUCAGUAAUGACAUCACUUUGAAGAUUAAGGCCAUGGCAGAGGGUAUAAUUUGUGAGCCGGCUGAGGAUUUCAGGGAAAGUUUGGUGAACCCAUUCUCUGAGAGGUUCCUGUGGACUGACAGCUCCCCAAGAGGUCAAACCUGGUCUUACUCAGACGACUUUGUUCUGAGAGAGAAAUUUUAUCCAAGCUCAUUGAAGAUGACACCCAAGGCUAUGGAGAAUGUCAAGGGCCUGAAACUGAUCCUGCUUCAUAAUUCACAGUAUUAUGAACGAAUGACUGCAAUUCGUUAGGUGAUUUAGGUUCAUAGCUGGGGCAGGGCAGGUUGUGUAAAGCUCAAGUUUGGUUAAAAUCAAGGCCUCAAAUUUUAUACUACAUACUUAAAUGUAUCAAUUCCCUUGAUGCUCAUUCCUGAUAAUUUUCUUAUCCCUAGAAAUAAAUAAAUUCAUUCAAUAUGAAUCUCCUUUUUUGCUAUUCAUGCUAAAAAAAAUCUGAUCUCUCUUAAUUAUCUCUCUUAAAUUCUCAAUGAUGGGCAUAUUAUUGUGAAAUUCUUACGACGUUCUCAUACGGUAGGGUUCGUGUUUGAUUUUCAUCAAUUCUUUCACUUAAAAACUUUUGUAUCUGAAUUAUUUUUUAAAAGAAAUUAAGAUAAUUGUGUUUGACAAUUUGAAUUUUGUAAGG